CCUCAGCAGCUCCCAGGAUGAUUCCCAGAGCCCCAAACGUGCCAGCCCCGUGUUUGGGCUGGAGCCAGUGUCGAUGGGCCUGAAGUCAGGCCAGUCUGAGGACUUGGUGCUGCGAGGCUUCUCCCGCAUCCCACAGGAGGUGCACUAUUAUGUGAUGUGUGAAGCUGUCAGUGGGAUAACCAGCAGGACAGAGAAGAUAAUAGAAACAGUCCUCACCUGCAAGUUUAUUCACCCCUCUAUAGAAGUGUCAGCAAGACAAUUCUCUUUCCUUGUGAACAAGAAACCCAGUGAUGUCCUGACACUGCAGUACCAGCCUUUGGCUUUAAAAAACACCUGCCUGCUGCCACUGGAUCUUAUGCUGGACUUGGAGCAGCCAUUCCUGGUCUGUGAUGAGGACCAGCAGCCCCUCCCAGAUGGCCAGCCUGUGAGAGUGGAUGUAGGGGAGACCUGUCAUCUCUAUGUUGCAUUUGACCCAGCUUACGAACUGGAUUUUAAGAGCUGGAAAAAAGAGAAGAUUCUGAACAUAGACAUGGUCAGGGGCCAUCCUUUUGUGGAGCGUAUCGUCCUUCGGGGAGAAGUGCACUUCCCAAAUCUCCAAAUCCAGCCCAGCUCCCUGGAGUUUGGCUGCAUCGUGGCUGGCACUAAAGAAGUGCGUUCUCUGGAGAUGACCAACUGCAGCUCCCUUCCCGUGGAGUAUCACUGGGCAUUCCAUUCCAAGAGCCAGGUUUACAGGUUGAGAUAUGAGCUUUUCCCACCUAAAUUCCAACCCAAACCACCAAAGGAGAAGAGAGCCAGUUUGGAUUCCUCAGUAUCUCGAAGGAGACGCUUCAGGAUCAGAAAAGAGGAGCCACUCACAGCCCUGAAAGAAUCGCGGGAUCCUGCCCAGUCUUCAGGAGCAGAGGUGCCACCAGAAAGUCGUGGACGGUAUUACAUCCCAGUAGGUCUCGUGGGAGUCAAAUCCACCAUGGAUGUAAUGCACACUCCCCUCGAAGUGGAGGAGGUUCUCAGUAUUGUGCCACUGUCAGGUGUGCUGCAGCCAGGAGAGAGCCAGCAGGUCUCCUUCACCUUCUCUAGCGGCUUCAACACCACCUCCAAUGUCACGGUGCUGUGCCACGUGGAGGGAGGCCCCACCUACGAGGUGCUGGUGACCGGGGAGACCUCAUGUGUCAGCUACUCCCUGAGCCCCCGGGAGAUCGACUGUGGCUCUCAGAUGUUUAAUGAAAUUCAUCACAGCAAGGUCACCCUGGAGAACACUUGCAGGAGUGAAUUCAGCUGGGUGCUAAACCUUAGCAGUGCAGACCAGCAUCUGCCUGGUGUGUUUCUGGUCAACCCCACCACUGGCUCCAUUGCACCCGGUGAGAAGCAAGUGCUGGAAUUCUCUUACAUGCUAGGAUUACCAGGAGCCUUCACCAGGACUUACCAGCUUAAAGUGGGUGACCUGGACCCGGAAAAUAUUUGUCUGAGAGGAGAAGCAUCCUUUCCAAUGAUCUGUAUGAACCUGCCCUGGAACAUCAAAGAAAAUGAAAAAGAUGAGAAGUCUCUGACACAGUUCAUAAAACCCGUGCAAGAACACAGUCAGAGGAAGAAAUCCGUUGUUCGGAAGAAGAUUCAGAGCCUGAAGACUGGGAUCUUGAAGUCUCAGACCCGAAAAACUCAGACUGCAAAGAGUCUGAGUCUGAAGACUGGGAACCUGAAUCCUGAUGUGCUUGACUCUGGCAUUGCAAGUUGAACUGCCUGAGUAUGUCCUGGACAUGGGCACUGUCCGUAAGGGUUUCACUGAGAGAAGCACUCUGGAGAUCACCAACCCUGGGCAGAUCCCAGUGUCCUUCCAGAUCGAUGCAUCUG